AUUGAGACAAUUGAAUGUAUUUCGCCCCGGACGCUACAGAGAAAUUUUGUUGCAAGUCCGUCUGUGGGAGCCAAUUUCACCCUCUAUUUUCCGGAUUUCCUCGCCUGACGCCCCUGCACCCAUUUCUCAGAUUGUUAGAGCAUAUUGGAUAUAAAAGAAAAAAAUGGGGGAGGAUUUACUCUCUCUAAAGUGGAAUAACCACAAACCAGCAUUCUUCCACCUGCUAAGAAUCUUACGAGAAAAGGGAUGUUAUACAGAUGUGACCUUAGCGUGUGGUACCAAAUUCUUUGCUGUUCAUCGAUUAGUUCUAAUGGCAUGUAGUGACUUUUUCAAUGAGGUAUUUGAGCACACACAAUGCCAGAAGCCAGUUAUUGUUUUGAAAGACAUAAAGGGUCAUGAACUGGAGGCACUGCUUGACUAUAUGUACCUAGGGGAGGUGGAUGUGCAACAGGCUGACUUACCAGGACUCAUAAAAGCUGCAGAAUGCUUGAGAAUUAAAGGCCUAGCAGUCCCUGAUGAAGACCCUUCACAAACUGGAAUUAAAACUGGUAAACACGAAGCACAGACAAGUGGCGAGCGGCCGGCCAAGAGGCGGAGACAAGAACGUGAUGGGAGAGAAGGGGACCGGGGGAGUGGGGGGGACAGAGGGAUACACACAUCGGCUUCAGCCAAUAUCCUGCCACAGUACAGUCAUCAGUUGGUGGGUGAGGUCGUCCCAGCAGAGGUGGAUAAUGUAGGGAGUCCUGGCGCUGUUCCCCUUCCAGCUGAAGAUCCUUCCCACCUCCCUGUUCAUGAGCAAGUUGGUUCCCAGCAGCCAGAGCUCCACCACCUGCAGAAGGAGCAGGAAGUAACCCCCUCUUCACACCUGCACGAUGCGCGACUCCAACAGGAAGCACAAGUCUCACAGGAAGUGGAGGCCUACACCACCAGUGCGGCAGAAAUCAAAACGGAACACUGUGAAGUACAAGAGGAUAUAGAAAAUGGGGGAUUAAAAAGUGAAGUGUCGGAAGCGCGGAGUGACCCCAUGAAUGAGUCGCCUGGGGGAGGUGGGGACUUUUCACACUUCUUGUCAGUUGAAGAGAAUCUUGCGCACCAUAUGUUCCAACAGACACACCAAGCAGGCACUUCAGGAAUACACAGACAAACAGGCAGAGAUAGCGGUUCAGAAGUAACCACGGAAGAUGGAAAUAUAAAUCGUGGAGGCCUAUACUCCACGCACCUCUUAGGAGAUGUGGUACCUGAGGGAACAGCCAGCCAUGCCAACCAGUCGGGGACAAACGGAGGGCCGGGGGGAUUCUUCCCGAGGGAGACCAUCGCACAACACCAUUGCCCGUACUGUCCACAGUCCUUCAUGUUCCAAUCCAUCCUCAAGCGUCACCUCCGAACGCACACGGGGGAGAAGCCAUAUGAAUGUCCCAACUGUGACUACCGGUCAGCUUACAAAUACCACGUUGCCAGGCACAUGAAACUACACAACAAUGCAAACAUACAUGUUGAGAAUGCAUCUGCCUCUGCAGACAGGCCUGUGGUUCUCUCAGCGCACACCCUUAGCAUUAUACAGUCGAACCUAAUGGGGACUCAGGACGGUGUGUCUGGCAUACCAAACGCUCAAAAUGCACCGGGCGUCUCAAGCAUUCAGCAGCCUGAGUGAAGCUCUGAAAUGCUUGAGAAAAGAAAUUAGGCAGGCUUGUAGGUGAGGAGAUUUCAGAAAUACAGUCUCCUGUAGCUUUUCAGAAAUUUAGAUACAAUUGGUAAAAUAGGACUGAUGCAGGAAGACAGACAGACAUAUUAUUUGAAGGAUAAAAUAUUGUAUGGUUAUGUUUAUGGAUGAAUUAUUAAAAUGUAUUAUCAUUAUAUCUUGGACAAGAUGAGAAGUAGUAGGUUUCUUUUAUUUUUUUUCUAAUUUUCAAAUGACAGAACUCAAAGUAUAUUAGAUUUAUGUACAAAAAAUAAUGCACAAAUUAACUGAUGACGUUAUUAUACAGGAAAGAUGAAAUGUUAUUGAAUUAUGUCAGAAUAACAGAUUUUAUGUUAUUAGUAUGUUUUUUUUGUAAUUGAUUGUCUAUUACAUUAUUGAAACAUUAACGUAAAAAACUGAUUGCAAUGUAUAAUAUAUACACUUGCAUGAAGAUGAUACAAAUAUGAAUGAAGAGUCAUGUUCUUCUGACAUUUGGCAUAACUAUACAUGUAGUUAAGAGGAGAGAUUAAUCCAUUACUCAGAAAGUUUUGGCAGUAUAUGUGCUGAGAAAUAUUUAUAGAAUAUUUGUAUACCUAUAAAGUUGUGAUGAAAUUGUUAUGGAAUAUUCUCCAUUUUACAUGAAUCUGAUGGAAAUAUGAGCAGCUUGAAUUUAUGAAAUUGUAUAUGUUAGUGAUACCUUCUGUUUUCUUCUUUUUUUCCCUCUCAUUUUGAUUUUUUUCAUCUCAGUCUUUAUUCUGACUGUCAUUAUUAUUAAUAUUAAGAUUACUCUCAAAGUGAUUAGUAUCACCAUCAUUGCUAUCAUUUUCAGUUUCACAAUCAACAUUAGUAAUACAAUUCAUAUCAUUAUUAUCAUCAUCAUUAUCAUUAUCAUUCACAAAUGAUGGUGGCUGUUGUUCUUCGUAUAUUAUUGUUAUUGUUGUUGUUUUUAUUAUUAUUUUUAUGAAAUUCUAAAUUCUGGUAUUUUCUUACUGUGACAUUAUCUGUACACCAAUGGUUUUUCCUACCUAUUUAAUACUAUUUGGUUGAGCUCUUGAUGCUGAAAGAAAACAAACUGCUAAUGUAUUGUCCUGAACAAAAAUAAAAUAGGAUUUAUCUGUCAAAGAGAAAACACGAGAGAACUUCGGAAAAAAUGCGCUGUGCCUCAACUGUGAAUUCACUGGUCUUUGCUAGUGAAAUGUGCAAAUUUUUGUUGUUAUUGCUUCUUUAGUUUUCUUGUGAGAAGGGGAAUGUUUUUUUUUUUGACUGUGCAGUGCGUAUGGGACCAAAAAGAAAGUCAAGAUUGGUAUUCCUGUUGGUGUGGAAGUAGUUUUAAUGGCAUUUUCUAUUGGUAUUGCUGUCUUUUUGUACUGAUGUUCUAGUUUCUACCCUAGUCUUUAUUCUAGCAUCCUGGUAUGUAUGUGCUUGAACAUUUGGAAUGGCAGUCAAGUCUAUAUAUUAAAAUCAUAAAAAUUUCUUGGGGCGGUAUUGAGGGCUAUAAAAUAACACAGCUACAGUCAUCGGUGUAGGGGCAUUUAAAAUUUAGGGGGGGCUGCAAAUUUUCUGCCUGAGUGAAAGAGGAAGAGAAAUUUCACCUGCCAGAAAAUUUGUGAUGAAUGCCACCAGUGGCGUAGAUAGAGGGGGUCGGGGGGGGGACGAAAAACCCACCUAUAAGGUUAAACUGCCAUUUUGUCGGAAAAUUUCUGCACUUGUCGGAAAAAUAACAAUGGUUUUCUGUUUCGUUUAGUUUUAGUGGCCUUAUGUUAAGUUCAAAAUAAUCAAAAAUGAGAAUUAGUGUCAAAUCUUCAUUUCUCGCCCCCUCUAUGAAUUUUCCUAUCUACGCCCCUGCCCAAAAUUGCCCGAAUUCAACCAGCAUUUAUCAGACCGGGGGGGGCUGUAUCCCCCCCAGCCCCACUGUCUCCUAAUUCUAUGGCUACAGUAAGAAAAGAAAAACAAGUCAUGCUAUUUUAAUUAUUAUUAUUUUUUUAAAUGUGUACCUAUGUUUUUUACCCAGGUUCUAUAGUAAUAUCAAAGUCUUCACAUUGCUUGGUACCAGUGUCUUCAUAUUGAUAUUGCAGUCUUCAUAUUGGUCUGAAGCUCCUUUUAUUGAUAUUAGUCUUUUUAAUUGGUAUUGUCGUAUGGGUAUUUGAAGGCCUCAUACUAUUACUAGUCCUAUUAGUUUUUUUUCUAAAGUCCUUAUGUUAAUAUUAUAUUGAUAUACCUUUUGUUAGUGUUUGUAUGCACUUACCUGACAUGUUCUAAUAUUUUCAUCAGGAGACAUAUAUAGAUUGAUAAAGAGACAUUUGAUUGAUUUGUUAGAAGGUUUUCUGUUACUUAUUUGUAUUUGACCAGAAAACUUAGAUUUAUAUAUUUUGUGUGUGUGUGUGUGAGUGAGUGAGUGAGUGAGUGAGUGAGUGAGUGAUAUAUAUGUACAUUAUUUUGUAUUAUGAAAGUGUGUGGUUCACACUUAUAUUUUUGUUACUUAUUUUUCCAUUUUUCACCAAGUAGAUGAUACAUACAUGCUUCUGGAUUCUAACAUUUCUAUAUUAUGUUGUAAUCUCUAUGUACAAUACUAUGAACUCUUCUGUCUCUCUAAAGGUGUGUGCUGAGAAAGCAAUUUCUGUGUAUAUAGAGAUAUAUUGAUAUGUUGAAUAGAUUGUUCAGUUAUUCAUUAUACAAAACUUGUUUGAUAUAUCCAUAUGUUUACUAUUCAGAUAAGUCUAUUGAGUUAUUUGUUAAGGAAGAUACAUAAAUACAUUCAAGUGAUUACCUAUAGUUCUAGAGAAUACUAUUUUUUAAUGUUUAUACAGUUAUUAUACUUAUUCUGUAUAUGGCUGGUUGUUGUAUUUAUAUGUUUGGUUUAUACUUUGUUUUGUAACUUAUUUAUUGUCCAAGAAGGCAGACUGCUUUUUCUAUGCAGCUUAUUAGUUCACAAUAAUGUUGAAAGCAUCGGUAAAUCAUGAUUUUUAAACAAUUUAUCUUUUCCAUUUCUCAUUGUAAACUAUGCCCCCCUCUCAUUUUUUUUUUUUUUUUUUUUUUUUUUUUUAUGUACUUCUCACUUCUUUGAUUAAGCUGUUGUUGUCUUUUUCUUCUUUGUCUUGACCUCACCUUUCCUACAGCAGUUUUUGACUUAUUGUGGUUCUAGGUGUCCAAGCUUUUUUUUGGGUGAAAUUCAUUAUCAUCCAUUUCCAUUUAGGUUAAAAUGAUGUUGGCAUUAUUUUCUCCUUUCUUUUAUUUGUCAGUGAUAUUGAUCUUGGUUUAUGAUUAAUUAUCCCUAUAUAUAUUUUUUUAGAAAUAUUUCUGUUUCAAAGAAUAGGGGGUAUGUUAUAUAUACACCUCAUAGCCAUUUACUGUGGCUGUUGUUAUUUUCAGCUGUAAAUAAGGAACUGAAAAUGUAAGGGAUUUAACGCUCUUAAGUACAUAGUGGAUGCUUAUUCACUCAUAGUUUAUUAGUGGUUAAGAUGAAGGUGUAGACCAUGUGGAGGAGACAAACUGUAUAUUUAUAAUGUAAUAAAGAUGUAAAUAGAUAAAGCAUAGGUAUUGCUUUGGUUUUCUCUCUCAGUAGACAUAUGAAGAGAAUUGCGGAGAUUUUUAAAGGAAAUGGCAUUUUAUCAAUAGGUACAAGAGAAAAGGCAUGGUGUUUAAAAGAUAUAUGUGUAGAAGAGUAUAUUAACCAUGUGUGUUAGAGCAUGUUUUGUGAUCUGGUAAAGGAAAAAUGUUUUUCUUUGUAUGGAAAAUUGAAGUUUGUGAUAUUUCAGUAUGUCCAAUAUUUUGAGUAAACUAAUGUAAGUUAUAAAUAAUGCCUAAAUGUCAUGUUUCUAUUAAAAUUCAAUUAU